AUGGCAGUGCCACCAACAAAACCUGGCAAGACGCCGUCUGCCAAGCCGACGCCUUCAAGUUAUGCCGUCAUUGAUCAGUGGAAGCGCUUGCCCCCUUUGACUCUUAUCAAGACUAGGCUGGAUGACUAUCCCUUUGCUGCCAACAUACACGAUUCUUUGCCUUUAGUUCAUCUUGUCACCCCUACAGCUGGGUUUGACUUUUAUCUGACCGUUUUGUACGGGAUACUUCCCAACAACUGCCUCAUUUCCCCGGUGACGUGGUGCGCCUCACUCUUCCUUGUGAAGCUGGAAGCCAACAAGACGUCAUCUUCUCCAUGA